AUGCGCAAUCGACUCCCCUGCCGCUAUACUUUCACCACACAGCCUCAAUCGCUGCUCGCAUUGCUCAGACCUGUGACUCUUGGUCGUUGCAUCGGUUAUCAGGUGCAAUUGCCCAGGCUCAGCUCAACGGGGAAUACCCUGUCUUCAGGAGCUCCUUUCUCAUCCCGUGCACUUCCGAGGCCCCCUUACGGACAAGAGCACAUCUUGCGGGCGUCCUCCGUGUGGACAUUUUCUGUUUCCGCCCUCGUUCUAUGUAGUGGGCUUGCACUUGGAGCGUUAUAUAUACGAGACCGAAAGCAACAGCAUCCACCACUACCAGCUGUCCCACUGCCGAAGCGAAUCGAACCCCCACAUAUCCAUCACAACACCACAAUGAGUGAGCAACAGAAGCCCACCGGACAUGUUGGAAAUCUGACAAAGGAGGAGGAAGAGAAGUUGCAGGAGCUUUGGACUGCGCUUUUCAAAGUUUGCGGGGUGGUUGCUAGUGAAGGACCAGAGAAAGAGCAGAAGCCGAAGCAGCAGAAUGGAAAUGGAGAGAAUGCGACAUCCUCUGAUACCAGUUCUCCUGAUGCGAAGAAACCAAAGAAGAGACUGGGUUUCUUCAGCAGGAAGAGCGAGAGCCCCAGCGAGUCUCCGUCAUCAGACAGCGUGUCGAACUCAGUUGCGGCAAUGAAGCUAUCUGACACCGACGACAAGUACGGCGAGACAAGUCAGUUUCUUGAGGCUCUAAAGGAUACCUCGCCAGAAGAAAUAAGGCUUGUGUUCUGGAGCAUGGUCAGGCAUGACCACCCUGAUGCACUCUUGCUGCGUUUCCUUCGUGCACGCAAGUACGAUGUCAACCGUGCCUUGGUAAUGCUGGUGUCUGCAUUUCGAUGGAGAUCACAGACCAUGAAUAUCGAUGAUAUCAUGGCUAAGGGUGACUGUUUUAUGGAAGAAGAGAGCAAAAGUGACGACCCGGCUAAGAAGCAAGAGGCUUCUGAUUUCGCUAAGCUUCUCCAACUUGGUGAGAGUUUUAUGCAUGGUCACGAUAAAUUUGGACGACCGAUAUGCUAUAUUCCGGUGCGCCUGCACCGAAUUGGGGCUCACUGCGAGCCCAGCCUUGAAAGAUACACUGUAUACCUCAUCGAAACGUCUAGACUUCUUUUACAACCCCCAGUAGAGACUGCUGCCCUUAUUUUCGAUAUGACUGAUUUUUCUCUGGCGAAUAUGGAUUAUACCCCUGUUAAAUUCAUGAUUAAGUGUUUCGAGGCAAAUUAUCCGGAAAGCUUGGGAGUGAUUCUAGUACAUAAAGCCCCAUGGAUAUUCUCCAGCAUCUGGGCCGUCAUCAAGGGAUGGCUUGAUCCUGUGGUUGCGGCAAAGGUGCAUUUCACCAAAACCCCCGAGGAUUUGGAAGCCAUUAUUCCCCGCAAGAACCUUAUCAAAUCCCUUGGUGGCGAAGAUGAGUAUGAAUAUAAAUAUGUCGAACCCAUUGAGGGUGAGAAUGAUAAGUUAAAGGACACCGCUCGCCGUGACGAGCUGCUGAAAACCAGAAUGGAGAUGGCCGGUGCUUUCCAGGAAGCUACUCUAGCGUGGACAGCUUCCAAGUCGAAUUCUGCUACCAGCGAGGAGGAGAGCUAUUUAAAGAAAACCAGGACCGAGCUUGCUGAGAAACUUUGUGAGAACUACUGGCAGCUUGACCCUUAUAUUCGUGCGAAAUCCAUGUACGAUCGUCUGGGUCUUAUUCCACCUCCAAAGGAAGCCAAGGAGCUCUCAGCCACACAGCAGCUGUCUGAGAAGAUGAAUGGAGAUACUGUUCCAACUGCAGCCGAACACACUGCACCUGCGGUCUGA